AUAGGUUACAAACCCGGAACUAGUUACGUUGUCUUGCUAGCUGCUUGUUAUGCUGGAGAAAUAUUACAUUUACUCAUUGAUUUUUAUCCAAAAGCCCACAUACAAGCAGCUGGCAGCUUAACUUAAAGAAUACCAGUGACUUUGAAGCAGAAAUAUAACUGUUUUGAGCAGUAGUUGUCAAUUUUCUCCGGUCUGGAGGACGGUCGUCCUCGUUUGUUUAUCGUCGUUACAUCUGUACGUUUCUCAGCUGGUCUUCAUUCAGUGACAUGAUGGACGUUGAGAUGGACGGUCCGGUGACGGAGGACUCCGGCCCCGGAAGGAGGCGCAGGGUGCACGGUAUGUUGAAGAUGUACUACGGGCUGAACGAGGAGGGGAAAGCCGAGGAGAAGCCGGAGUCUCUGGAUCCCUGCGACAUCAACGGGCCUCAUUUCGACCCAGAGCUCUUCCUCAACAAGCUCAGACGGGAGUGCUCCCUAGCAGAGCUGAUGGAUCAGGAGACCUGCAUGGUGAAACAGAUCCGCUCUUUGGACAGCGACAUGCAGACGCUGGUGUAUGAAAACUACAACAAGUUCAUCUCUGCAACAGACACCAUUAGAAAAAUGAAGAAUGAUUUCAAAAAGAUGGAGGAUGAAAUGGACUGCUUGUCUGCAAACAUGGCAGCGAUCACUGAGUUUAGUGCAAGUAUCAGUGGUACUCUUCAGGACCAGCACACACAGAUCACUAAACUCUCCGGGGUUCACACUUUGUUAAGGAAGCUGCAGUUUCUCUUUGAGCUGCCUGCCAGAUUGAAUAAGUGUCUGGAGCUGCAGGCCUACGCUCAGGCAGUGAGAUCACACCGGCGUGCCCGCUGUGUGCUGCAGCAGUACAGCCACCUGCCCUCCUUUAAGGGGAUCCAGGACGACUGUCACGCUAUCAUGGACAAGCUGGCGCAGGAGCUGCGGCAGAAGUUCAGGGAUGGUGGCUCAAGUGCUAAAGAUUUAUCGGAGUGUGUCGAGCUGUUGCUACAGUUGGACGAGCCUGCUGAAGAGCUCUGUGAUAAAUUCCUGAGCCAUGCACGCUCUCGGCUUGAGUUGGACCUGCAGGGCCUGGAGGCAGAGAUAAAACCCUACCCGUCCUCCUCAGCCGUGAACGAUGCCUCUGCACGCAGGUCGUCUUCUGCUGCACCUGGAUCUUCUGCUGAUAACUCUCCUAAAACAAGCGCUAUCCCUUCUCCCACCUCCAACACUGACAUCCUGGAAUUCAUUGACCGAGGCUGCAAUGAAUUUGUCAGCAGCUUAUGUUUGGUUAUCACAUCCUAUCAGGAACUCUUUAUCAAUCACGCUCAGACUGGGGAGCUUGCAACUAAAAACAUUCCUCAGAUGGCGAACAGUAAGCUGCUUGACUUUGUGGAUGAUCUGGCAGCUCGGUAUUUCUCUUUGGUGGAGCGGAGGAUACAGGAGGAGAGAGGAGUUGCAGAUAACUCCCUCCUUGUCCGUGCCCUCGACCGCUUCCACCGCAGACUUCAGGCUGUGGCCAAACUGCUGCCAGGCUCUGCCGUGCCAAACCAGGGCACUGAGAUAGUGAUUCGAGCUGCAACAGAGCGGGUCAAACAGUACCUCUCGGCCCUGCAGAGCUUCUUCAUGGACAGCCUGACAGACGUGAGGCAGGCUCUGGCUACACCUCGACUCUCUGUGGCCGGGGCUUCUGUUUCUGGUGGUGGGGCCCUUCUAGGGGGUUCAGCCUCCAGCAGAGACACUCCAACCAGCCUGCCAGAGCUGCUCUCCUCCCUGUCAGCCUCCAUUCUCAAUCAGAUAAAGUCAGUGCUGGCAUCAGUGCAUCUCUUCACAGCUAAAGACAUCACUUUCUCCAACAAGCCCUACUUCAAGGGUGAAUUCUGCAGUCAGGGUGUGCGUGAGAGCCUGGUGGUAAGCUUUAUAAAGUUUGUGUGCCAGUCUUCUCGACAGUUUUGUGAAGGCGCAGGAGACAAAGGAGGAUCAACUCCUCCAGCCCUUCUGCUGCUGCUGAGCCGCCUCUGCUUGGACUAUGAAACCUCGACUAUCUCCUACAUUCUCACUCUCACAGAUGAACAGUUCCUUGUGCAGCACCACAGCCCAGUAACUCCUGUGACAAGUUUAUGUGCAGAAGCCAGGGAGGCAGCACAGAAACUACUCAAUCAUUAUGUGAAGGUCCAAGGACUGAUAAUCUCCCAAAUGUUAAGAAAGAGCGUGGAAACACGAGACUGGGUGAACACGAUCGAGCCUAGAAAUGUCCGUGCUGUGAUGAAGAGGGUGGUGGAGGACACCACCUCCAUCGAUGUGCAGGUUGGUCUUUUGUAUGAAGAAGGUGUGAGGAAAGCACACAGCAGUGACUCUAGCAAAAGGACUUUCUCAGUCUACAGCAGCUCCAGGCAGCAGGCCCGCUAUGCUGCCAGCUACACUCCCAGCGCUCCCAUGGAUACCAAUCUACUGAGCAACAUACACAAGCUGUUUUCUGAGAGGAUCGACAUCUUCAGCUCAGUGGAGUUUAACAAGGUCUCUGUGAUGACGGGGAUCAUAAAAAUCAGUUUAAAGACAUUCCUGGAGUGCGUCCGCCUGCGUACGUUUGGCCGUUAUGGGCUGCAGCAGAUCCAGGUGGACUGCCACUACCUGCAGAUGUACCUGUGGAGGUUUGUAUCUGAUGAGAAUCUUGUUCACUUUCUGCUGGACGAGAUAGUGGGAAGCUCUGCCCACCGCUGCCUGGAUCCCGCCCCCAUGGAGCAGAGUGUGAUCGAGGUCAUCUGUGAACGAGGUUAAAGCUCAAAGUGCAGUACAGAUCUAAACACUGUUCCACUAACACACACAGAACAACAAAUCCUGCAUUCAAAAUCUAACAGUCAUUGUGCUGCAUCAUUGCUGAUCAAUUUUAAAUCUAUUAAUCGUGAUUUACAUGAUUUGAGAUUUUGCAUACAGAUUCUCUAACAUUAAUGUCAAACUUAAAUGAAGAACAAUUAAACCCACAAAAGUUUUUUCUUCAUCAUUUGACUGAAGGCACGUUUUUUUAAACUGAAAAAUAUGAAUAAAUCUCUACACACUACGAGAUUCAAACAACACUUUGAUGCUGUGUUAUCUCAAAGCUCUCUUUGUGUGUCUGUCAGUAAAUUUGGGUUGGCUCUGCGUUACACUCCAGGCACUUGCCUUACUAAGUGCACAUAAACCUUAAGCACUUGGGAUUAAUAUUCAAAGAGUCAUUUACAAAUCAUAAAAUAUGCGAAGAAAAAUCCUGUCAUCUCCUCGGCCUGCAGAGAAAAGAAUGAAUUAUCCAUGAGACAAGCUGAACUUUUUGAAGCUUUUAUCCCUUGAAGGAAACUUGUUUGAUGUGAAUAGAGUAUGAAUGAGUAAAGAGGAGUUGCUGUCUUGUUGAAAUCUCAUGUAUUAUUAUUAAAAGCUUUAGGGGCCUUUUGCUAAAUAAUUUGCAAUCUGAAUGUCAUCUGAUUAUGUAAUCUGUAUCCAACACUAAAAUAAAUAUGACAGAUUUGUGCUGGUGUCUUCUGCCUCCAGGUUUGUUGAUUCUGUUUUUGUGCAUGUCUUCUUUCCA